AUGGAACAUUCGUCCCCGUUGGCUGCCAUGCAGCCCCCCUCGGUGAUGUUCGGGCAUUGCUUUCGUGCAGAUGCACCGACUUCCUAUACUUCUUUCAGUCCAAUGCGUGGACUGGGCCACAAGAAUUUCAACUUCAAAGACCUCUCCAUGAAGAAAGGCCAUGGGGACUAUUUUAAUGUGAAACCCGUUCGAGGCUCGUCUCCCACGGCUAGCCUCGCCGCGGAUCUGUCUCAAAAUUUUCACAUUGAUCAAAGUCCGCAGCUGACUACGCCCCGGCGGUCUUUGUUCACUGCGAGUCUACUCGGGAAUAGUAACCGGUGUGCAGAGUCUAUGACCACACCUCCACUACCCGCGUCCUCGCCUGCUCCGGCCAUGGAUAUCAUGGAAAUGUCCCCGUUACCGCAUAAGCCGGCAUUCGGCCUUCUGAAUGAAGCCGAACUUGACUCGCCUAGCCUGGCUACAAUGGAUACUCCGAUGAUGUCUGCCGCCGCUAGCCCACUCGAGGAAUCGCCGCUCGUCCAGCAAAAGGAUAGCCUGCAAGAGAGAAGACGUCCGACCUUCUUGCGGCCAAGUUUAGCCAGGAGCAAAGCCCAGACCUUUCAGCUGGGCAUGACCAAACCCGCCCCGGAGAGCCAGGCACCACCAUUCAAGUUCCAGAGCAAAGGAGGGAAAACAUCGCUGAGCGCAUCUGCAUCACUGGAGGACAUGUUCAACGAGUCACCACAGCGGGAACGGCCAUCAUUGAGUCGCCACUCCAGCGGAAUCCUGAUCAAUCCCCGACUGAGACCCCAACUUGGAAGCAGUGGGAGCCAUGUCCGCGGCAAUGGCUCGCCCACGGCGGCUUCGAUCCGCAAAAAUUCCCACCCGAUGACGCGCCCUCGGAAGCAGUGCCGACGCUCGCUGAGCAUGUUUGAGCACCCGGAGGAUAUUGUUGUCGAUAAAGAGGCUAACUAUACUACAAAUGCACCACUUCCGUCGAUCCCCGACAUUGAAGGAACCCCGAGCCUGCAGCUCCCUCACACCUUUUCUGAGGACCAGGCCGAUACACUGCCUCGCAUCGAUAAGAGUAUCCUCGUGGAGCUCCUGGAUGGCAAGUACAAUGAUCGUUUCGAUAACAUCAUGGUCGUCGACUGCCGCUUCGAGUAUGAGUACGAGGGCGGGCACAUCACCGGAGCCGUCAACUAUAACGACAAGGACUUUCUGGCCGCCGAACUCUUCGCAAGCCCAAAGCCGCGGACGGCCUUGGUCUUUCAUUGUGAAUAUUCCGCCCAUCGGGCCCCGAUCAUGGCGAAGUAUAUCCGCCAUAAGGAUCGUGCCUAUAACGUGGACCAAUAUCCGCACCUUAGCUAUCCCGACAUGUACAUUCUGGAGGGUGGCUACAGCGCAUUCUUUGCGGAACACCGGACCUUGUGCUAUCCACAAAAUUAUGUUGAGAUGAGCGCCAAGGAACACGAGUUUGCCUGCGAGCGUGGCCUCGGGAAGGUCAAGCAGAGGUCCAAGCUCAACCGAGCGCAGACGUUUGCCUUUGGUCAGCACUCUCCUCAGAUGGAAGACAGUCCCACGGGGAGGUGUCGCAAUAACGCUGGUGACCGCAACCGGUUCCUCGGGUCCCCAUUCGCUGAGAGUCCAGCAUCUGGACGCUUCUCCGGCCGACGCAUGCUUUCCUACUGA